AUUCAUUCCCUGUGACCCUUCAAAACAGGAUUAGACCGCAAAAAUCAACUUCCCACGCCAGGAAAGAAAAGAUCAACUUCUCCCCGUCUCUCCCUCCCUAAAUCCCCUUCCACGUCUCAGCAAAGGCGACAUGGGUCUGAGAGUUGGGCUGUUGUUUAUCUUCUUGUUGUGCUCAACCUGGGUUUGCAAUGCGAGACAACUGGGAGCUCCUGAGCUCUCUGUUUUGAAAGUAAACCUGAAGAAAGUGAAGGAUAUUCAAGCAUUAGAAAGCAUUGCUCAGAACGAAAACGUUUGCACAUUGUGUAAGGAAUACACUACUUUGGCAGUUGAUUACCUCGAAGCAAACAAAACACAGGAUGAGAUCAUUGAUGCACUUCAGAAGGCCUGCUCUCGGAUGCCAACUUUCAAGGAUAAGUGCAUUACUUUGGUAAAUUACUAUAGUUCUAUUUUCUUCUUGGAGAUAUCUUCAAUCCAACCUGAAGAAUUCUGUAGAAAAGUCAACCUCUGUGAAAAAGUGGUCUUCCUCGCAUCAGAAUUCCAUGAAGAUAGCUGUGGGAUGUGUCAUCGUGCUGUUUCUGAAGUAUUGAUCAAGUUGAAAGAUCCUGAUACACAGCUAGAGAUAAUCGAGCUGCUUUUGAAGGGAUGCAAGUCCAUGCAGAACUAUGCUACAAAGUGUAAGAAGAUGGUUUUUGAGUACGGCCCCUUGAUCCUUGUCAAUGCAGAGCAGUUUCUGGAAAAGACAGAUGUGUGCACCAUGCUUGGUGCCUGUAAACCUGGCACUGAGAAGGCCUCAGAAGUGGUAAAUGUAAAUUUAUCGGCAGACUCAUGAUUAUCGCAUCGUAGAUGGUAUAUCACGCUAAAUUAAUUUCCAGAAAGAAAAACAUAGGCUAAAUUGCUGCUUUGAUGUUCUUGCCCUCCCCGAUGUGUUAUAUUUGGACUAGAAUAAUUAACUUGUGAAGUGAUAUGGUGCAUUUGCUGUAAAGUAUACUCCAUUAUAUGUGAAUACUACUUUGAAAUUUGUCAAACAUUGAAUAGCCUAAUAUAUAUGGUUUGAGGUACUUUUCUCUCCUACA